CCGUCGUAUCCAUCACAACGACCACCAUCGCCACCUCAGCUUGAUCAUCUUCACUGCUGAGCAUGGCGCAAUCGCACAGUCCAUCAGCAUCGCCGUCGCCGCCACAGCAAGAUCCUGCUGAUCGAGAGAAGGCUCUCGCAGAUCAGCUGCGACGUCGAGCAAUGGCAUCCAAGAAUCCAAAGAAUACAGCGUCGAGCUCUCCCCCUGCUCCUCGUCGUCGUGGGGAUCGAUCCUCGCGCUCUCCUCCAUCUAGAUCUUCACAGUCGCCACCUCCUCGAUCAACGCGAAGAUACGACACCGACAGCCCCGAUCCUGAGCCAGCUGCAGCAUCAAAGAGCAGCCGUCGCAGUGACCGCGGUGACCGUGAGCGCGAAAGGCACAGAAGGAGAAGCGGCAGAGACUCGGCUGAUCCCGACAGCGACCGUCGACGAUCAAACGGCCAUGAUUCCCAUCGCCGAGCGAGUGUUGCUAGGAGCACCCGAGAUGAAGACGAUGACGAUGAUGCUCGCAGCCAGCGAAGCAGUCGCCGAUAUGACAGUCGAGAGCGCGACCGCGAUCCUUACGACCGUCGACGCCAGCCAUCAUCUCGUCGCCACGACUAUGAGUACGACUACUAUCGCGGACCCCCACCGCCUCGAGGAGGCUAUGACUAUUACUCUCCCCGCUCAGACUACCAUCGUGGCGGCCGCUACUCCUCUCGACCUCGCUCCCCCUCUCCUCCUCGCCGCAGGACGCCCACGCCAGAGCCAGAUGACUAUGAGCGCAGGUCAGUCUUUUGCUCGCAGCUGUCUGCUCGCCUUACGCAGCGUGACCUGGGCGAGUUCUUCGAAGAGAAGUUGGGAGAAGAUACUGUCAAAGACGUUCGCAUCGUAACAGAUCGUCACACUGGACGCAGCAAGGGCAUCGGCUACGUGGAGCUGCGCAGCGAAGACCUAGUACGCAAGGCAUGCGACUGCUCGGGAGAGAAGAUAUACGGUAUUCCCAUCCUCGUUCAGCUCACCGAAGCAGCCCGCAAUCGCGGCGAGGGAGCUUCUACAGCUGCCGCCCCCAUUCGACCCAAUCUCAUCGCUCAGCUUGCCCCAGGCGCACUGGAAAACCUCCCUCUUCCACCUCAUCUCGCAACCGCAAUGGGUCACGUAGCUCCAGGGCAUCGCAACGCCACCUAUCACGCGAACACUGACGCUCGCCUCUACGUCGGCAGUCUCCACUUUAGCAUCACCGACGCAGACCUCAAGGCGGUCUUCGAACCGUUCGGCGAGAUUGACCAUGUCGACCUGCAUCGCGAGCCCAAUGGAAAGAGCAAAGGUUUUGCUUUCGUGCAGUUCAAGCGCGCCGCAGAGGCAGAGAGGGCUAUUGAGCACAUGGACAAUUUUGAGCUUGCUGGGCGUAACAUCCGCGUUGGACACGUCAAUGCUCGUGGACAAGAAGGCAAGACGGCUGCCCAGCUCAGGAAUGCGUCAGCUGGUGGUGCAGCUUCUCCCCCUGCGCCAGCUUCAGCUCAAGCUGCAUCCUCUUCCGCAGCUGCUGCGCAAGCAGCCAUGCUGGCAGCGGGUAACACCGCCACGCUCACUUCAGCGUAUGACGAUGGCGGAGGGGGAGGCUUGACCUCGCAGAAUCGCGCAAAUCUCAUGGCUAUGCUCGCUAGGAAUGACGGCAGUCAGGCAUCCCCUGCCGCUGCUCCAGAGCAAGUCCGUCCCGCCUCAAUCCCCGAAGCCAAGAGUCGCGGCGUUCUUCUGAAGAAUAUGUUCAAUCCUGAAGAAGAGACCGAACGCGACUGGGACAAGGAUCUUGCUGAAGACGUCAAGGGAGAGUGCGAGUCCAAGUAUGGGCGAGUGGAGCAAUGCCUUGUAGACAAGGACAGCAGCUAUGGCGAGAUUUACCUCCGCUUCGCAGACAUCGACGGUGCCUCAAGAGCUAUUGCUGGGUUGAAUGGGCGAUGGUUUGGAGGAAGACAGGUGGGAGCCGUUUUCAUCAGCGAGGGAAUUCUUUCCGCUCGUUUGGGGUAAAGACGCGCAAGCAUGAAACCUCCUCCGCAAAGCACAGGCAGCACAGCA